AGGAGAUGACCAGAGACUGCAGACAUAGCACAGGAGAUGACCAGAGACUGCGGACAUAGCACAGGAGAUGACCAGAGACUGCGGACAUAGUACAGGAGAUGACCAGAGUCUCUGGACACAGUACAGGAGAUGACCAGAGACUGCGGACACAGUGCAGGAGAUGACCAGAGACUGCGGACACAGUGCAGGAGAUGACCAGAGACUGCGGACACAGUGCAGGAGAUGACCAGAGACUGCAGACAUAGUACAGGAGAUGACCAGAGACUGCGGACAUAGUACAGGAGAUGACCAGAGACUGCAGACAUAGUACAGGAGAUGACCAGAGACUGCGGACACAGUACAGGAGAUGACCAGAGACUGCGGACACAGUACAGGAGAUGACCAGAGACUGCGGACAUACUACAGGAGAUGGCCAGAGACUGCGGACAUAGUACAGGAGAUAACCAGAGACUGCGGACAUAGUACAGGAGAUGACCAGAGACUGUGGACAGUACAGGAGAUGACCAGAGACUGCGGAGAUAGUUCAGGGAAUGACCAGAGACUGCAGACAGUGCAGGGGAUGAUCAGAGACUGCAGACAGUAAAG